AUGAACUAUACUAGCAACGUCUACGAGUUUCCAUCUCCUUCCACCGCAAACACGCGUAAUAGACGGUGGCGCACAGCGAGCACAGCGACGAAUGCAAGCACGGACUCGACGGUGUUGAUGAUGGAUAAUCCCAAUUAUCCGUAUUAUCAGCAACAAGGUGGCUAUCAGCAGCAGGCCUCUGGGAUGUCGCUUGAACGGGAGCGCGAACGGCCAGGGUCGUUGCGUCGACUCAGAAGAAUAUCUGGAAUAUUUGAGCAAACGGCGCAGGAUGUUCAGGAUAGGGCAAGAGAUGUUGUAUCCAGCGUGAUUAUUCCUGCUACAGAUUCAUCACGCCAGUAUGCACGGGAUCAGCCCAUGAAAGCGACAUUCUUCGCUAUGGUGACCUUCUUCUCAUUCCUUCCGGUCCUCCUCUUUAUAGUCUUUUCCAUCGCAGCAGUCGUGUUUACGACAUUUACUUCGGUUUCGUUUGCGAUUACGUCGACGGCUUUGGCGUUCAUUCUGGGGGCUGUUACCCUCGCAGCGUCCAUUCUGCUCUGCGUCGCACCGGCUUCUAUUCUCGCUACGUCCCUCGCGUUUCUGGUACUCGGAGGGAUCAAUCUUCUUCAAGACUUUCCGAGUCAAGCAUACAAUCUCAGCCCUCAGGGUAUGCGCCGUAAGCGCAAGGCUUUUCUUUCCUGUCUGGACGAUAUCAAAAGCAACCAGAGGCGCUGCGAACGAGCCAAGAACGAAAUCAUGCUAGCUCAAGCGAUCUCCGAGAAUACUGGGGAAUCAGAGAGCACCAGAACCGGGGUACCCACCAAAGUAAAACCGGAACCGGAAAUGAAACUCAAAGAUACCGAUAUGUAUGCACCUCUUGCAUUCAAUGGUGCCUGUCCCCCUCUGAGGUCGCUCAAGGGGGAGAAAAUGCGUUGCUGCGAUAUUGGGUCGUCCGAAUUGCCACUGAUUACUUCUAUCAAAGUGUUACCGGAUAUCGCUCUCUCGUUCGACUACCACCCGGAUGGCACACACGACGUUUUCCUCCAUCCAGCCGUCUAUAUCGAAGUCAAAGCGGAAGUGUUUGACCUACCUUUCCAAAAGACCAAAGGUUUCCUAAAGGAUCACGAGUUGACAGAUUCUCCCAAACAACUCUUGCUUCAAGUUCUCAGAUACGUGAAUCUAGGACAAGCCUCCUCCCUGCCCUGGGACUAUCUCUAUUUCAUCACCACCACGGGACCCGUUGCACGAAUAUGGAAAUUCACUCAUACCGGAUGUGUCAUCACCACUCCGAUUCGAUACUUGGAAUCCCCCGACAAUUUGAUUCGUUUCAUGCGUGCACUUGCGUUGAAUGGUCGAAGUGGAUUCGGUAUCAGCGUCGGACAGGGUCGCUUGUUCACCGAAUAUACGGACGGAAAUCUGUAUAGCGAGGGUCUGAGGCAUGUUGCCGAUACCUACGCCAAGGCUGUCAAUAAUCAGAACUGGAUAACUCGACGAGGGCCGAGUGGUUGCUGGCUAUUGAAGAUCGAGCCGAAAGAGCUUUUUCAUCGAGUUGAUUCUGCUAUGGCAGUCGAGCCCAACCAAGCCACCGAAUACUUAGUAUUCAAGCGACCGCUCUACAGUGUCGAAUCGAUGUUUUCCCGUAGGACGAGACGUUAUCUGGCUAUCACGAAAGAGGACAUUGAGGAUCCUGUGUGCAGUUCGCUUUCGGCUCGCAAUGUGAUUGCCAAACUGCGGCUCGUGAAGACAUCGUGGCAGUACGAAGAUACGACGCCUGAAGCUUAUUUCUUCCGCAAGUACGACGAGCGUCACAUCACGUCAAGACCCUGUGGCAUUCCAACGCUUCUGGCUAGUGGAACCAGAGACGUCCAACCAGAGAUCAGGUCACAGACUGUGAAGCCAAUUUCAAUAGCAUGGGAGGAUCCUGUCGAGAAUCUCGAACAGUCGAUGUUCUGGGUUCUUCUGUACUUCACUAUUCGCCAUGUCGAUGGUAUCGUCUUUGACGGGCAACCGUUGAGCAAAGAGGGCCGCAAGAAAGAGCUCGACUCUUUUUUCGACUAUGAUGACCUUGCCGUUCUCAGCGGUCGCAAGAAGGAGCUGCUCCAAAUAUUCAUCACUAUCAAGAAAUGCUCGGGAUUCAGCAAUAUGUUGGAAGAGAUGCGCUCCCGAUUGUACUCCGCAUACAUCUGCUUUGACCAGCUUACUGACCUCGACAAGAGGUUAAGAUCAUAUAGAACCGUCUUUCGAUCGAGUAUCAACCUGUAUAAGACGGCAGAGGUCGAAGUUGCAAACGCUCACCUAGCUGUUCGUAGUGAGAUGGAUUUAGAAUCCAUUCUUCGCUGGCGAGAAGAGAAAGUCGCAGCACUUUCUGCUCACUAUCCCAAUUCCACCAGGAUAUCGGGACUCAUUGAACUGCUAGAUGAUGGGAAGUACUUCCUCAAGCGUAUUCGGUACUUGGACCACGCCUUUUUUCAAAAGAUUCUGGUAGGGGCCCUCGCCACUGGGGAAGAUGCUGGGUGUACUGCUGCCAGUCUGGACCCCAAACUCGAUUGUGUGGAUCAAGCCACUCGCUUUCAAUUCUCUACGAAGAUUCGAGGAAAGGAGAAACAAGAUAGCUCUGUCCAAUGGAGCUCGAGAAGGAAUCUACCUGACAGAAAGGCCCUCGAUAUCGUCCAUGAAGGUGGUGGACGACAAUCAAGCCGGUUCUCUCGAAGGUCGAGUCGGAUUACGAGUGGCUCAGCAAAUAGCACUCCUCAGGGCUCAAGUGUCGAAGGGAGCAGCGGUGCUACUAGGGGCGUCAAAGGCGAACCACAAUGUGGGAGCAAAACGUCAAACUGA